CAUAAAUGUGACGUCAGUCUUAUUGAAGAACCGCAAUUGAACGCCGCUGAAGCGGUCCAGUGCUUCAUUUCGAAAGAUGGAGGCUAAAGGAGAUGAGCAGUAUGGGCGAUCAGACAGCUAUCGGGUUGCAGUGACUCCAAAUAUGGCUGAUGGCACUACUCCUGCAGCAGCGAAAAAUAAUCCACGAGCCUGCAGGGGUAAGAAGAAGGGUGGGGCUGACCUGGAUGACCUUAAGAAAGAGGUUUCCAUGGACGAACAUAAAAUACCAAUUGAUGAGCUGUGUUCGAGAUUACGUACAAAUCCUGCAAAGGGACUCACGUUACAACAAGCCAGAGAAAUCUAUGACCGAGAUGGUCCAAACGCUCUUAGUCCACCCAAAACAACCCCCGAAUGGGUGAAAUUUUGUAAAAACCUGUUUGGAGGGUUUGCCUUGCUGUUGUGGAUAGGUGCUGUGCUGUGUUUUAUUGCUUAUUCCAUCCAAGCUGGAACAUUUGAAGAACCGCCAGAUGAUAACUUAUACUUAGGAGUUGUGUUAGCAGCAGUGGUAAUCAUCACCGGAUGUUUUUCAUAUUACCAAGAAGCUCGAAGUUCCAAGAUAAUGGAGUCCUUUAAAAAUAUGGUUCCUCAGUAUGCAACCGUAGUGCGAGAUGGUCAGAAGUUCAGCAUUCCGGCAGAAGAAGUUGUUGUUGGUGAUAUCGUGGAGGUUAAAGGUGGUGAUCGAAUCCCAGCAGAUAUACGGGUUAUAUCUUCCCACAGCUUUAAGGUGGACAACUCCUCCCUGACUGGGGAGUCUGAGGCCCAAACUAGAUCCCCUGAACUUACCAACGAUAAUCCAUUGGAAACGAGGAACUUGGCAUUUUUCUCAACUAACUGUGUAGAAGGUACUGGAACAGGAGUGGUCAUCAACACCGGUGAUCGUACAGUAAUGGGUCGUAUCGCUAAUUUGGCUUCUGGUCUGGAGAUGGGAGACACGCCCAUAGCUCGAGAAAUUGCUCAUUUUAUCCACAUCAUCACCGGAGUAGCUGUCUUCUUGGGAAUCUCUUUCUUCUUUGUAGCUUUCAUCCUAGGCUACCACUGGCUAGAUGCUGUCAUAUUCUUGAUCGGUAUCAUUGUAGCUAAUGUACCAGAGGGUCUUCUGGCUACUGUAACUGUGUGCUUAACCCUAACUGCCAAACGAAUGGCGGCUAAAAACUGUUUGGUAAAAAAUUUGGAAGCUGUUGAAACCCUCGGAUCCACAUCUACAAUUUGUUCCGAUAAAACAGGUACCCUGACCCAGAAUCGUAUGACUGUGGCCCACAUGUGGUUCGACAGCCAGAUUAUAGAAGCAGACACUACUGAAGAUCAGUCGGGAGUUCAGUACGAUAAAUCUUCGUCUGGUUGGAAGGGUUUGUCCAGGGGAGCCUGCCUAUGCAGUCGAGCCGAGUUUAAAGGCGGCCAAGAAAAUAUUCCAAUCUUAAAAAGGGAAUGUUCUGGCGAUGCGUCUGAGUCGGCCAUUUUGAAAUGCAUGGAAUUGGCCACAGGUAAUGUUCAACAAUAUCGAUCUCGUCACCCAAAAGUCUGCGAAAUUCCCUUUAAUUCCACCAACAAAUAUCACGUUACAAUAAACGAGUUGGAAGAAACCUCCGACUGUAAUUAUGUCCUCUGCAUGAAGGGAGCUCCAGAAAGAAUCCUUGGACGCUGUUCAACCAUUUAUAUUAAUGGAAAAGAGAAACCUUUGGAUGAAGACAUGAAAGAAGCUUUUAACAAUGCCUAUUUGGAAUUGGGGGGCUUAGGAGAACGUGUAAUUGGCUUUUGUGACCUCAAAUUACCUGCUGACAAAUACCCACCUGGGUACCCAUUCGAUCCUGAUGAGCAGAACUUCCCUUUGUCCGGACUUCGUUUUCUUGGACUUAUCUCUAUGAUUGAUCCUCCACGUGCUGCUGUUCCUGAUGCUGUAGCCAAAUGUCGCAGUGCUGGUAUUAAGGUUAUCAUGGUUACUGGAGACCAUCCCAUCACUGCUAAGGCUAUUGCUAAAGCUGUGGGUAUUAUAUCAGAAGGCAAUGAAACAGUCGACGACAUCGCUGCACGACUAAACAUACCGAUAGAAGAAGUUAACCCAAGAGAUGCCAAGGCUGCUGUCGUGCACGGAUCAGAGCUAAGGGAUUUGCCUCAAGAGCAGUUAGACGACAUCUUGAAACAUCACACAGAGAUUGUAUUCGCUCGUACAUCUCCUCAACAGAAACUGAUCAUCGUGGAGGGGUGUCAACGACUUGGUGCUAUCGUCGCCGUGACGGGAGAUGGUGUGAAUGACUCACCUGCCCUGAAGAAGGCAGAUAUUGGAGUUGCCAUGGGGAUUGCCGGAAGUGAUGUCAGUAAGCAAGCAGCAGAUAUGAUACUACUAGACGAUAAUUUUGCUUCGAUCGUUACAGGAAUUGAAGAAGGUCGCUUAAUUUUCGAUAAUUUGAAGAAAUCCAUUGCUUACACCCUGACCAGCAACAUUCCUGAGAUUACUCCUUUCCUGUUGUUCAUCAUCGUUGACGUUCCUUUACCCUUAGGUACAGUAACCAUCCUCUGUAUAGAUCUGGGCACGGACUUGGUUCCCGCCAUUUCCCUUGCUUAUGAAAAACCGGAAAGUGACAUUAUGAAGCGUCAACCCCGAGAUCCUUUGAAGGAUAAGCUUGUCAAUGAAAGGCUGAUUUCUAUAGCAUAUGGCCAGAUUGGGAUGAUUCAGGCAGCAGCAGGAUUCUUUGUAUACUUCGUUAUUAUGGCUGAGAACGGCUUCUGGCCAUCAACACUGGUUGGGAUUCGUAAGAAAUGGGAUUCACAAGCUGUGAACGAUCUGAUGGAUUCGUAUCGCCAAGAAUGGACUUACCACGACCGUAAAAUUCUGGAGUACACAUGUCACACGGCCUUCUUCGCUUCCAUCGUGAUCGUGCAGUGGGCAGAUCUAAUCAUCUGUAAAACAAGACGCAACUCCAUCCUCCAUCAAGGCAUGACGAACCACGUCCUCAACUUUGGUCUGGUGUUUGAGACAGCACUGGCAGCCUUUUUAUCUUAUUGUCCCGGAAUGGACAAGGGUAUUCGAAUGUAUCCACUAAAGAUUAACUGGUGGCUUCCUGCUCUUCCCUUCUCUCUAUUAAUCUUCAUCUAUGACGAGAUCCGUCGCCUUACUCUGCGGAGAAGUCCGGGUGGUUGGAUGGAACACGAAACCUAUUACUGAUCCUAGAUCUUUGUCGUCUGCUAGCUAAAUGUAAAAUGUAGACUUGUACACUCCUCGACCCAUCCCGUGACAACCGAACUCACAGGCCGAUGUCAUUCUCUUCUAGAACUUUAGAACUGUGGAGUUCUUCUCCUGGAUGUUUUAUGUGUUUAUUAAAAGGAAAAAAAAGUUUUGUUAGAAAGCUUAAAUAGAAUACAAGCGAUCAAGCUCUACAAGGGUGGAUAAGAACAAUGUAUUAGAUGUAGCGGUAUCCCCCUUUUAUUUCUUGCAUUUAAACUGUUCUAUUUUCGGUGUGACACAUUAUUAUCCACUCAUGUGUAUUUAAUUUAUUGAUAUAUUGUCUUAAUUUAUGUUUGCUCUGUUCUGUAGUUCUGAUAUUUAAACACACACAUAUAUACAUAAGUAUAACUUCAUUGUAAGUUAGAUUUUUUUUUAAUUCUCACUUUGUGAAAAUUUUAGGUUAUAUUAUGAAAUUUGACGUUUGUGUCAGUUUUGUUGUAUGUAGGUGUUGCAGCUUUUGCUACACGUUUUUAUAUUUUCACUCCAUUCGUGAUAAUUAGAAUUCACAAAUGGGUUUUACUUUUUUAGCGCAUUUUGACUAAGUGAUGUUAACUGGCACAAAUUGUAUGUAUUGCUAUAGCUUAUAGAAUGUGUGUGUGUGUGUGUAGAACAAGCAAGAAAUGAGCUAUAUGCAAAUCAUAGUAACAUAGUUCUAAAAAUAUUAACAUAAGAAUUUCCCCAAGCUUAAAAUUCACCACGUGUUUACAUGUUUCGUUAGACUAACAUUCAGUUAGUCAGCAGUAGAAUAUAUAUAUAUGCAUACUCUUGUAAGGCUGAACAUUUAUGUGGGUAAUAGUGUUAUAAAUUAGAGUAGGGUUAGACAUUGGUCAUUGAUACUUAUCCUGCCACGUUCAUAUUUGCUAAGUUAAAUACUAUCACGCCUUGUGAACGUGUUUCAGUAAGCGCUCUCUUCUGUUUAACACCCCGACCUUGCUUCAAGUGGUAUAAAAAGUACUAAAGAUUUUCAAAGUUUCUAGAAUCUCUAUUUCUUUACCUCUUCUUGUUUUGAAAGUUUUAGAUAUAAUAUGUUAUACAAUUCCUCAAAAUAACAAAUACUAUAUAUAUAUAUACAUAUAAUCACGAUGAAAGAACUAAUGGACUAAAAUAAUAAUCAACAUGUAGGUCACAUUUAGGUCUGAAAAUUCGAAACUAAACGAAUACGUCUGGUUAUUUGUCGUGCUUUAAUUUAACACCAAAUAAUUACAUCUGCAAUUUUUUUCAAAAAAUAUAAGUAAUGCGUUAAAAGUUAGCUAAAACACAAUUUUGAAGUUAAUGUAAAUAUUUCUAAAAUAUGCGUUUGUAAUUUGUAUUAGAAAGUCGUACACUCAAAAAAAAAUCGUUUAUAAAACAGCUAUCACAACAGAUAACAUGAAUGAAUCAGAUUGUUUGAAUGAUUAAAAAAACAUUGCUCCAAUUACAAUAUAAAAUUAAAAUAGUCUCCCAAUCGCUCACUGGUAAGGUUUGAGGUUCUCUAACGCUAAAAUUCGAGGUUAAAUUCCUGCUGUUGGUACAGCCCAUUGUGCUUAUUUCCACUUAAAUAAACAAACACAAUGAACACAGUCCUCCUUCCAACGGCUCAGUGGUAAGGUUUAGGGAUUUAUAUCGCUGAAAUUUAGGGUUAGCACCUUUGCGCUUAAACAAACAAAAUUAAAAUAACUUUGGUUUAGUAGUAAUGGAUAGCUUUGGGUCAUAUAUAUAUAUAUAUAUAUAUAGCAUUUGUAAAAUGUGGUACAGUGAUUGAAUUUGAAUACCAUAACACUGAUAAAACGUUCUAGAUGUUUCAGUGCAUAUUCCUACAAUAUAACUGGUAAAACAAGUUAUUUUUUGUGAGUACGGUAAUAAUUUUACUUUUUUACCAGAAGUCAUGUAAAGUGUUGCUGUUGAAAUAGAAAUCUAUUUCCUUCUGUCACGGACCACACCUACCGUGUCUUGGAGCUGUGACGUUAGGUUUGUUACUUGAUUUUAAAGUUACUGUUGUAUCCCAUUGUUCUCUGUUGUCAUCUUACUUUUAUUGGUAUCUAAUGUAUUCUCAUUAUGCUAAUUUCAUGAAUAAAAAUGCACUCCUCAACUACAGGGUUUUACUCUGUAGAGUGCCAUAUGACGUACGUAAGGAUUAUCUGAGCGUCAUAACGUAUUAUCUUCUUCUGUGUUGAUUAACUUCGUACUAAAUGACGAUGUUGUAUUUCAUAGAUUUAGCAACAAAAAAAAAAGCUUAUUGUAUAAAAUAUAUAUUUAAAAUGUGGCCCGGCUGAAAGACUAGUGUUGCCAUUUUUAGGAUAAUAAAGUUUUAUCUUUUAUUGUACACGUUUGUGUACAAAUCACUGAUGUCAAACGGAAACACAUACAAAGAAACAAACGAUGGACCAAAUGCUUAAUGUGUGAAAGUAAAAUUAAGGUUCUUUAUGAACACACAUAGGAAAUGAUGAAAUUAGUCAUGAUUAAUAUAAAUAUAGUUAGGGAGGAAAAGUGGUUGUACGAAAGAGUUAGUCAAUAAAGGAUGAUUCCUCAAAAA